AUGUGCGGCGAAGUAUCACUCCAUAACGUGAUUACCAUUGACCACGGCAACGAGUCUCACAUAUUUGCUGGAAAAAAACUAUUUACUGAUGACAAUGUUUGGCAGUAUUGUGAUAUUUCUGAUGAUCAGCUUCAUCGAAUUUGGUCAACAACCACAAUUCGUCCUAAUUUCUGUCCUCGAAAUGGAUUCUUCUACAACGGCACGAAUGCAAAACUAUGGGAAAUCAUGACUGACAAAAUUAUGAUCAUACGAGACGGAGAAGAGCUUUCAGUAGACGAUUAUGAGUGUUUAUUGAGCAUCCCGGACGACUACAAAGAUGGUUCCCGCAGUAAAGAUCGCAAGAGAUAUGGCCAGGGCUUCGGGCAGAACUACACUCGCAAGCAAGCCUUCAUGAGAUCUUUGAUUCUGAAAAAGGCACAAUCCCUAUAA